ACGGUGUUGCCCAGGUGACCCAGCUAGGUGGAAAAGCUCACUGCUUUUCCAGGCCUGGGCAGAGAGAGGGUCCCCUGUCUCUCCACCAUCCUGGGGGAGCCAAGAGCCAAUUGCCUAGUUGCUGACCCUGCCCAGCUGGCCAUGGCCCGCAGCAACCCCCAAGGCCCCUCCACCCACAGACCAUCUUGCUGCUGAGAGAUCGAGGACCUGUCCCACCUGCCCACCCUCCCCCUCCCUGCCAUUCAGACCCCAGGGCUGAUGUGUGGCACCCCUGAGACCACAGUGACCUCCAUACUGUCUGCUACCCGUAAAGACUCCAAGACGCUCAGGCCAGUGGUCCAGGCAGGACUGAUGCCUGAUCACCCACUGAUACCAGGGCACUUCGGACCAUUAUAGAAGUUGGUAUAGAUUUUUUGAAACAUAAUCAAGCCCACCCUUUUUUAAUGAUUUCUGACUUUUGUGUCAUCUUCUGGAAAGCUUCUCUGCUCCAAAUACCACAAUUCCUCUUGCGGCCACCAAUGGAUGCUCAGGUUGAGUUGCAGGGGGUAUCCACCGCGGAGCAGAGAAGGGAGCCAUCGGGGAGGCAUGAACACUGAAGGCCGGGAGGAGCCCCUGGUCACCUCCCAGAGCAUGGAACCGGAAAUCAGUCACCUGUCUCCCUCUAACAAGGAGACCAUCAUGGUCACCCUCCAUGGGGCUACCAACCUGCCUGCCUGCAAGGAUGGCUCCGAGCCUUGGCCCUAUGUGGUGGUGAAAAGCACAUCUGAAGAAAAGAAUGACCAGAGCUCCAAGGCAGUCACAUCUGUGACCUCAGAGCCCACCAGAGCCCCUAUCUGGGGGGACACGGUGAACGUGGAGAUCCCAGCUGAGGAUGCAGGGCGAGAAGUUGUGAUCCUCAAGGUGGUAGACAACAAACAGAAAGAGGAGUUGUUGUCCUACAAAAUACCCAUCAAGAACCUGCAUGUCUUCCACCCCUACCACUUUGAGCUGGUGAAGCCCACCCAGUCUGGGAAAGCCGACGAAGCCACUGCCAAGACUCAGUUGUACGCAACAGUUGUUCGGAAGAGCAGCUUCAUCCCACGCUACGUCGGCUGCAACCACGAAGCUCUGGAGAUCUUUCUCCGGGGAGUCAAUGAGCCCCUGGCCAACAACCCCAACCCCAUUGUGGUGAUUGCCCGGGUUGUUCCCAACUACAAGGAAUUUAAGGUCAGCCAGGCCAACAGGGACCUGACCUCCGUGGGGCUGCCCAUCACCCCACUCUCCUUCCCUAUCCCGUCUGUGAUGAAUUUUGACGUGCCUCGGGUCAGCCAGAAUGGAUGCCCUCAGCUGUCCAAGCCUGGGGGACCCCCAGAGCAGCCCCUGUGGAAUCAGUCCUUCCUCUUCCAAGGCCAAGAUGGAGCUACCAACUUCUCAGAAGACACAGCCCUGGUGCUGGAGUACUACCCCUCAGCUUCGAUGAAAGGCAGCCAACCGUGGACCCUCGCCCAGCCCCUGGGUAUCUCUGUGUUGCCGCUAAGGAGCCGUCUGUACCGGAAGAUGCUGACAGGGAAAGGCUUGAAUGGGCUUCGCGUGGAGCAGCUUCCCAUCAUGGACACCAGCCUGAAAACUAUCAGUGGUGAGGCCCCCACAGUGGAUCUUUCCUUCCAGCUGUUUUCCUCUGAGCUUUCAAAGUCAAUCUCCAAUUACAGCCUUAAUGAAGCAGGAUGUGCUGCAGCCACGAAGCCACAGGAUCUGGGGCCACUUGUCAGCCCCAAGCUCCUCCAGCAGAGACCAGAAAACUUCUUGACACCAAACAACAGCAAGGUUCUUCCUACCUUGGACCUCAAGGUCCUAGAUGAGAAGCUGGGAACCAUCCAAGAGUCCUGGUCCAAGGCCACAGUGAGCUCCACAAUGGACUUGAGCACGUCCACUCCACAGGAAGUAGAGGAGGAGCCUCCGGUGCCUGAGAUGUCCCGCGACAGAGAUACGAACUACUACCGGCGGGCCAUGCAGAAGAUGGCAGAGGACAUCCUGUCACUGCGGAGACAGGCCAGCAUCCUGGAAAGAGAGAACCGAAUACUGAGGAGCCACCUGGCCCGGCAGGAGGAGGAAGAUGGGCAGGGAAAAGCCAGUGAGGCCUGGCACACAGUGUCCGUGAAGCAGAAACUGCUGCUGAGUGAGCUGGAUGUGAAGAAACUGAGGGACAGGGUGCAGCAUUUGCAGAAUGAGCUGAUUCGAAAGAAUGAUCAAGAGAAGGAGCUGCUCCACCUGUAUCAGGCUCAGCAGCCACAGGCCGCACUGCUGAAGCAGUACCAGGGCAAGCUACAGAAGAUGAAGGCGCUGGAGGAGACGGUGCGGCACCAGGAGAAGGUGAUCGAGAAGAUGGAGCAGGUGCUGGAAGACAGGCUUCGGGACAGGAGCAAGCCCCCACCUCCAAACAGGCGGCCAGGAAAGCCUGACACAGGCUUCCCUGGGCUCUCAGCCUCUGGCCUGCCCCUCGGUUCUACGAGAGAGAACCUGCCGCUUGAACUUUACUCCGUGCUGCUGGCAGAAAAUGCGAAGCUGCGGGCAGAGCUGGAUAAGAACCGCCACCAGCCAGCCCCCAUCAUUUUGCAGCAGCAGGACCUGCCGGUGGACCCCAGGGAGUUGGGAGCAGGAGGAGACUUGGCAGAGAGGCUGCAAGAGACGCAUGGCCUAGGCCACUCCAAGUGCACACAGACGCUGCCUGCACAGGAUCUCCUCUCUGAGACUUCAGACAGGUUCAACCUCCUGGCCAAGCUGGAACGAGCUCAGAGUCGGAUCCUGUCCCUGGAAAGCCAGUUAGAGGACUCAGCUCGACGCUGGGGACGAGAGAAGCAGGAUCUAGCCACACGGCUGCAGGAACAAGAAAACGGUUUCAGGCAUCCCUCGAACUCCAUCCUCACAGGACAGCCUGUGAGUGACCCCCCUGGAGGAGUUCCUGGGGGUUCAAGUGGUGGAGAAGGAAGCCACCCCACCCCCAAAGUCACUGGGCCCUGAGAAAACCACUGCGGGGCCAACUCCAGGAUUGGGAGUCAGGAGUCCUAGGCUCCUGUUCCUGCUCUGUUACCAACCGAAGGCUUGGUCUCAAGUCCCACACCUGUCUGAGUAGAACAGAAAACCCCUGCCAAGACCACCCCUUCCCCCAUGGAGUGCUGUGAAACUCGAGGAGAUGACGGUGGGUGAGGGGCCACGCUGGCAUCUCCGGGAUGCCCUGGCUCUGGGAGUGCUUUAGAACUGGCUGCACACAUAGGCAGAGCGGCUUGCGGCCCUACCUCCCUGACUACACAGAGCCUCAGAAAUUAGCACACCCUUCUUAGGUGGCCACGAUGUAGGCUCCACUUUGCCGACUUCCCAAGAACAGACAGGCCUGCUCACAACGGCCCCUCAAGUUCAACCCCAGGGCUGCCCAGCCCCGCAAAGCAAAGACCCUGAUUUCUCCUGCUCUUGAGAUGGCUGUGCUUUGCCCAUGGCCAGAGCUCAGCAGCAGCUCCUGGGAAAGGAUGAGGAAUCAGGCAAGGAGCAAAGGCUACCUUUACACACUCACCUGAGCCCUGGGGGAUCCUGGAGAAAACAGGUGUCAACAUGGCGAAAUGGGUUUAGAAAACUGCAGGCAUGACCCACUGGGCUCUGGAUCCUCUGAGGCCUGGUUUGUCAGGCAAUAUGCCCUUGAGCAGGUCACCCCCUGGGAACGGGGGAUACUCAUGCACCCUACUUUGCACACCACAGAAUGCGCCCACCCACUUCAAGGACCUCAAGCAGCCCUCAAAGCUGGAGCCCCUGCUGCCCAGCUCAGACACUAAGCUUAACAGGCACUCGAACCCCCACAAGGAGACCACUAACUCUCAGCAGACCUGAACCCCAGAGCAGCCCUCCUUCCCUGUGUGCUGGGGAGUCUCAUCCCCGCCCCGUAAAAAUGACUAGAUUAAACGCUGUAGCUCUGUGA